AUGUUUAAUAAUUCAAAUUCCAAGCUUACUUGGUACUACGACGGUGAAUAUAUCAAAGAGGCUUGCCCAGAUCAGUGUUCAUGUUUUAACGAUGAAGUAGAGAUGUCUUGCCUUUGUGAUCCUAAUUGGCCACGCUUGCCAUCUUAUACCAAAUGGUUAACAUUAAUCAGCAGUGACAGAGCAACUAUCAUUUGUGACGCUUUUGAUAAUUUAAAUCAUUUGGAACAUUUGAAACUCGCAAGAUUUCAUGGCAUAGACACAUGUGAGAAAUAUUUUGAGUCGCAACGAUUUUCCUUGCGGCACUUAUCACUAGAAAGCAUUACCAUUGAAGAACUUCCAGUAAAUGUUUUUGCAAACCUACAGAACUUAGCAUACUUGUUUCUCUAUAAAAAUCGUCUGACACGCUUGCAGGAUGGUAUAUUCGCUGGUUUGACCAACUUACAAAAGUUAAAGAUCGUAGAAUGGGUCUCUCUAAACGUUUCUGAUCAUGAUUUUGCUGGACUUGAGCUUCUAACCCAUUUCGAAUUUCUUUUUACAACAAUAGCUGAUCCAUUUAAGGGAAAUUUAUCAGGACAGAUUUCACUAAUAGGCCCUACAGAAGGUAUGAUACAUCAAAUUAGCCAAAAGAAAUAG